UUCGGCCUUCUUCUGUGAGCUGGAUCCACCGCCACAAUGGGAUGCGGCUUGCGGAAACUUGAGGAUCCAGAGGACAGCAGCCCGGGGAAAAUUUACUCUACUUUAAAACGACCUCAAGUGGAGACUAAAACCGACACAGUUUACGAAUAUGUGUUGCUGGACUUCAGUUUGGAAGGCAGCCGGCCCACGGUGCAGUACGUGUCGUCACUGUGUGAGCUGCCCCAGGCCCUGCUACCCUACUACACUCAGGGCUACGUGCUGGUCGCCCUGCACCCCAUUAUACUCUCUGUGGGCCGCACCCGGGCCCUCCCCCUCAGCCUACUCUACAGAGCCAUCCUGGCACGCCCACGACCAAGUAAGCAUUCAGUGCCGAUGUGCCACAGCGUGCCGGUGCUGAGGGUGGAGGAGUGGCCCCUGCCUGGAGAGGUCCUGACAGGGGACACCGUUAGGGCACUCAUCGACAGAGUGAACAGCAGUGCGAGGGGAGGGGUGCGAUUCGUGGCCUCUGUGAUCCAACAGGCCGGAGGGGGCGGCAGUGGAGGAGGUAGCCGGGUGUCCAGCCCCAACAGGGGGUGCCGGUCCCCCCCAAGGUCCCCUCCUCGUACCCCACCUGGAGAGAGGGACCUGGAGAAUGGGAAUGGAUGCUACAGCCCAGAUUUGAGGCUGAUGGUGCUGUUCCACUCCUGGGCUGCUGGCUGCACCCCUCUGGAUGCCCAGGGAUGCUACUACCACCAGGGGGCGCUGUCCAUGCGCGUGUCCAGGAAGGGGCAGGUGGUCAGUGCUCUGGAAGCUGAUUGGCUGGAACUCACCGCCUCUUACUAUCGCAAAGGCUGGUCAUUGGUUGACUCGUUUGUGUACUGGGACACACCUAAAGGGGAGCCGGUGCCCAGGUCGCUAGAAGGUCUCUUCAUCUAUGAGGAGCGAAGCAUGGCCGCUCCUGCCAACGACACCAUUGUGGUGGAGCAGUGGACGGUGAUAGAGGGUUCCAAUGUGAAGACGGAUUAUGGACCUCUGCUUCAUACUCUGGCAGAGUUCGGCUGGCUGCUGACCUGUGUGCUGCCCACACCCAUUAUCCGCCAUGACAGUGAUGGGAACUUGGCUACCAAGCAAGUGGUGUUUCUUCAGAGGCCAGUCAGAACUCCCUUGGUACCGCAACAGAACCAGGCUGCUGCUUCCCGUAGUGAGGUGUCUGCCCGCUCUGUGAGUCGGGGCGUGGGCAGCCCCCAGUCCUCAGAGGAGCUGUCUCCGUGUUCGGGGGGCAUCGGGGGGUUCCCCGUGUUCGGGGGAGGCUACUCCAGCGCCCUGUCCCACCUGGAGGAGGGCGGCUUCGAACAGGACGAUGGAGCAGCCGAGGUCACAUGCAUGUGACCCUCACCCUCACCGUCUUCUCAAGACCUCCUAAUCACCAACACCCCACCCCCAUCCCAUCACUUCAUAAACCUGCCAAGACGCCUGGCCUUGACGGGCUGACUUUACCCCUUUUGACUUCCUCCUUUGGUGACCUCUGACCUUCCUUUAAUGGAUGACUUUCAUAAUGUGGAUGCAGAAGGACACAUUUGGGCUGCGUAUGUCGGCCAUGUUGUGUGAGGCAAACCUGCGUGUCACUACCAGAGUCAAAUAUGGAGAAGACUAAAGGACAGCCCUCCUUGCCCCCCAGUAAAGAAAAUUGGGAUUUGAUGAUGAGACCCUCCUAACAAAAAAACUUAUUUUAGAAUCACUUCCAGCACUUUUUUUUAAAAAAAAAAAUUACAAAGCCAUACUUAC